AUGCAGCCCUUCGUUCACGUAUCGCCGGAAAAGUCUAGUGAGAAGAAUAUAGUCACAAGUGUUAUGGGAGUUUUGAGUGACUACAUGCCACGAAAUCAAUAUCGUACUUGUGGUCCUUCAGAACAGGUGUUUUGCGUUAAAUUUGAGGAAUGUGAUGCCACCAGAUGUAGUCUGGCCUAUUCUAUUGUUAUGUCCUUGGUCACGUGCAAGGGGUCAUAUAUUUGGGGAAUUUCGUUUGAUGGUAAUGCUACCCUGUUGUAUGCUGAACGGAAUACUUGUACAAUAGAUUUAAAGCUGCUACCAACACCUACAAACCUUGGUGAUUCUUUUUUUGCUAGCAGACCUCUUAUGGCUAUCUGUGAUACCUUCAAUUGUUUAUCAUACCAGUGGCAAGUACGAUUUAUUUCGUUGUGUGAUCGGAAAGUUGUUUUGUCAUACUCUUUUGAAUCCAAAGUUUUGUCAGUCGAUGCGAAUGAUAGGUUUGUGAUGGUGACGAGGACUGAUUCGAUAACCGUGUUAGCAGCAUGUACACUUUCAGAAUGUUACACAAUUACACAUGUCAAACCUAUUCUGUGGCCUAAUCUCUUGCCGAAAAGUGUUCCUUCUUCCCUUGGAGUUCGUUGGUUGGCUUUUGCAGAUUCUAAGCCGGUUUACCAACAUUUAUCUCGUUGUGGCGAUGGAAGCACAGAUGAAUCACAACCUUUAACAACUACGGUUUUAAGCAUGAACAAGCGUCUGUGGGAUGGCAUUUCAGCCUUGGCUAACUCAGUUGUCUCUAAUCCUCUGGUUUCAAAUUCACCAACGUUACCCACAAAUCAUCUCAGUCCGCAAAGUCAGCCGCCACAGUCAAGUUCAACUGACUCUUUCCAGCGUCAUAAGUCUGGUUUAACUACUUCUGAGUUUAGUGACUCCAAUGGAACUAUCUCUCCCGGUUAUGUGACAAUCGUAGAUUUGCAUACUUUGAACUGUGAAUUUGAGUUACGUAAACUUGAAAAGUACACAACAUCGAUUCACCUGUGUGCUAGCCAUUCUAAUCCAUGUAAACCGUUGGCUGAAUGUAAUGACAUGCCUGAUCAAAAGUCUCAAACUCACUCGGCUAAUAAUGAACAUGCUAAUAUUGUAAUGUCAGGGACAAAGUAUUUGAAUGUACAUGAAUUUGGCGGUUCAGGAGGAAUAGUUGCCCACUUCAUGGCUCAUCGCUGGGCUAACGUCGCACUUCUAAAGUUUGACCCAUCGGGAAGCCUUUUGUUUACUGCUUGCAAGCGAGGUCAUUCAUUCAACUUAUUUCGUAUUGCCAAUCAUCCAUUCGACCAGCGUCAAACUGCUGUGCAUCAUUUGUAUAUAUUAGAACGUGGAAAUUUACCCUGUGAGGUCAUGGAUGCUACUUUUUCUCGAGAUUCAAGGUGGGUAGCUGUGAGUAGCAAUCAUGGAACAACGCAUGUUUUCCCGAUAACUGCCUAUGGUGGUCCAAUCACUGUUCGUACGCAUACUCGACCUCAUGUAGUAAAUCGUACUUCAAGAUAUCAUCGGUCAUCUGGUUUAGAAGAGCAUCAUCUAACUAGACCACAACCUGCAAGGAAUGCAAGCGAGUCAACUGUAUUCGGCAAUAAUCCUUCGAAUAAAUCCACUAAUAUUUCAUAUCAUAUUCCUCAGACGAGUUCUCUGAAACAUACUUAUGCUUCUCAUGUGGAAUCGUUUGAUUUAACUUCAGACAUGUCUAAUACAACUUCAAGCUUUUGUCAAACAGCGCCUAUAGCAGGUUUUGCACCUCAAUGUCCUCAUUUAGGAUUUACAUCUGUAACAACUCCACUCAGUGAAAAUACUUUAAGUCGUAUCGGUGAACAUUCAAAUCCAUCGUCUGUAAUUGACAGUAAUCCUAGUCUAUGUGAUAAAUCGAUCGCACAAUCAUCCAUAACGUCUUCAAAGCCGCUUCCUCCAGAAGCUUCUGCUAGUCACCUUCAUGUUCCUGGUUCUGCAAGUUUCAUUUCUGAACCACCAAACAUGUUACUUGCAAGUAGCGAGGGAUUAUGUGCUUGUCCACCAAACGCAUUAUAUAACAGUACAAAUUCUCGACUACCGCCUUAUCCAGAACCCUGCCGUGUUAAAGCUGAAGCUAGGCUGAAACCAUCCAGUGGGAAUACAAUGACUUCUGUUGCUCUUGGUUGCGCUGGCAGUGCUUUAGAAGCUGUUACUCCAUUAACAGGUACCACUAAUACACCAUUGAUCAACCGCAAUACAUCACCUGUGAAACCAUGUUGUUGCAGCCCUAAUAGUGUCCACUGUACUGGAAUGUGCGCACACCCACAAUCGCCAAUUGCAGUAUCAGUAGCAAAUCGUUCAGUUUUGCACUCACGAAAACAACAUCGACGUCAAAGAAAUUGUCAGUCACUUCAAAGUGCAGAUCAAGAUAUGUCUAGUCCAACCAAUAGUUGUGUAAGAGCUGCUCGUUUCGGACCACCUGUUUGUUUCCUUCCUAACCAAUUUCGACUGAAUAACUUGUCAUCAAAUUAUCGCACUGAUCCAUAUGUCGGAAAAUCUCGUGCUGUAGACGCAUUAUUCAUUUUGACAGCUGAUUUACGUCUAAUCGAGUAUGAUUUAUGUGUUAGUCCAGCUGAUACAGCUACAGUAGGUGGAAAGUUGUACCAGGAUGGUUCAAUUCGCUUGGAUUGUGUUGCUGUUGGAGAGUGGAAUCUACACACAGAUGCUGUUUACCUUCCACCAUUUCCUAAACAACAUCCGCUUAUUUCAGCAUCGUGUACACUACAAGCCCGGUGUAAAAUGAAUAAGUCAAGAUAUGAUCACAGUCCUACUGCAUCAUCACAUGAUCGGAGUGGAAUUUCAUCAGAACUUGUUAACAACAAUACUUCAUCUAUGGCGCCAUCACCAUCAAAGUUAAGCUUGCCUCAGAAUAAUGAUAGUAACAAUUUGAAAGCUGCUGGCAGAUUAGAAGUAGUUAAGACUGACAAUACUGAUAACGAUAAUAACAAUAAUAAUACUAAUAAUGAAGAUAAGGGUGAUAAUAUUGUCACUCCAGCUGGAUGGACUGCUGAAGAUGUUGCUUCCUACUGGUACAGUCAAGUGGAAAUCACUACUCACUUGGGUCCGUUACGUCGUGUUUGGAUGGGUCCACAAUUCACUUUUCGAAGCUAUUCAAAACAACGUAACUGGAGUGGAUGUGAUUUACAACUCUCCUCAUUGAAUUCAUCUGAUAAUGAUAAUCUUCCAGUCAGUUCACAAAUGAUAAUAAAAACUAGUGGAAAUAUGACAUCAGCUUUACAUCCAAUUCUAAUAGAAGCAUUCACAUUGAAUACACCGUCUAUAUUACCACCAAUAUUAGAUAUAUUUGAUACAGCCUAUAAUGAAUCAUUAUCGUUAAAAGAUCGUCUUCCUACUGCCUUCAUACCUUCAUUAAAUGGUUCUAAUAAUAGUUUAAAUAUGAUUUCAUAUCAUAGUCCUUCUGCAUCAUCAUCUUCUUCUACUAUUACCACUUCAUCAUCCUCUGUUCAUCAUGCUUUCAUUCAUUCACAUACUCCAAAUAUGUCAUUGACGACUACUACAAUGAAUCGUAAUACACCGACUACACCGAAAUCAGUUAUGUCACAACGAUUGCCUUCAGGUUUGUUAUUGGAUUCUAGUCCUGGUUAUGGUGGUAGUAGUAGUAGUACACACUUAAGAUGGCGGAAUUCUUCGGGAGAACCAACAACUCGUCCAUUGAGUAUUGCUGGUGGUUUAGGACCAAGCGGUGAACCUAUCGUCAUUGAAGGCGGGAGUUAUCAAGAUUCCAGUCUGGGUAGUUCUUUAUCUAGUCUGGUUGGUCGUGGAACAGAUGAUUUAGCACAAUCGAUUGCGGAAGCUAUUCAGGAUGAAGAUAUAAAUUGGAAUCCCGAUAAAUGUUCUAACAGCAUGCAACAAAUGUCAACUGUCAAUAACCGUGGUGUAUGGCAGUUCAGUGUUAAAUCAACUGUCCCAUCUGGUACUGUUGGUUCAGCUGGAUUCCGACCAUCUGUCGUACCUGCUGAGUCUGUCUUAUCAGAAGCUGAUUUUCCAAGUCAAGAUACAUCACCUUCAGCUGUAGACAGUUUUUCGCCUAAAUAUGAAUCUUCAGAGCAAAUCAUUUCUCAAACUGCAAUGAGUAAUGAAAAACUGGAAGAUGAAAAUUCAUUGUCUAAUAAUAGUAAUAAUAAUCCAGUCGGCAAAAUAUUUCAAAGAAAACGUGGUAAAAAGUCUAAAGUGAAACGACGUCAUUCUUCUAUGCUAGAAAAAGAAUUGAAUCCACCAAAUUCAUAUCCUUCUGGUUACGAGAGUUUAGGCACUUCACCAAUUGUUCAAAAUCCUUUAGUAUAUUCAAGUUCUUCAAAUGUAUCCGCCAUUUCAUUACCUGGUGAUGUUAAUGUUCAUAUGUUCAAUGGUGGUAAUAGUUUUGAGGAUGGUCCAUCAAAUUAUAAUGCAGCAGCACCAUCAUCCUCACCACCACUCACUGUUGACGAUAAAAAUACCAACACAAGUGGUGAAACAUUUCAGUCCGAAGAGAAAUUGAACCUUGAAAUGGAAUAUUCACAUAAAUCAGAUGAUCAAGAAAGUGAUCAAGUUGAUGAUGACGAUGUUCAGAUUUAUGUAUCAUAUUUCAAAGAAGCAUACAAAUUUUAUGCGAAUAAAAGGUGA